AUGCUGCCGCAUCACGUGAUUCAGAAGCUCAAGGUGGGAACUUGCAACCUCCCUAUCACGGAGAGGCAUCAGCAAGUCUCGAUCCUCUUCUCCGACAUCGUGGGCUACACCUCCAUGGCGGCGUCGAUCGAGACGGAGAAACUGAUUGAGAUGCUGAGCAAGAUGUUCAACUCCUUCGACGAGCUCUGCGACAAGCACGGCUGCUACAAGGUGGAGACGAUCGGAGACGCGUACAUGGUGGUGGCAGGGCACGAGAGCGGCGAGGAGAGCUCGACGGACGAUCACGCGCAGCGAGUGCUGAACAUGGGGCUGGACAUGAUCGAGGCGGCGAAGGAGAUCAUGCAUCCCAGCCUAGAGGGCGAGAGCAUCAAGAUCCGCGUCGGGGUUCACAGCGGCCCAGCGUUUGCCGGGGUGGUGGGGUCGAAGAUGCCUCGCUACUGCUUCUUCGGCGACACGGUCAACACGUCGAGCCGCAUGGAGAGCAACGGGUUCCCCAUGUGCGUCCAUGUGAGCAAGGCGACGUACGACGUGGGCAAGGACUUCUUCGACUUCGUCUCCUGCGGGGGCCGCGAGAUCAAAGGGAAGGGCAUCAUGGAGACCUUCCUCCUCAAGAGCGACAAG